CACUCCGUCCACAAAUACCCACGAAAAACCUGCCGUAGUGAACCGCUGAGUCGAAAUGGCCAACAGCAUCAAUAAGCCGAAGAAAGCAAAGUCGAAGCGGACUCCCGUCCGCCUACGGCACAAGAUCGAGAAGGCAUCGGCUGCGAAGCAGCGCAAGGCUAGGAAACAAGCGAAGAAGAACCCGCAAUGGAAGUCCAAGCUCAAGAAGGACCCGGGAAUCCCGAAUCUAUUCCCCUACAAAGAAAGGAUCCUCCACGAGAUUGAGGAAGGGAAGCGGAGGAAGCAAGAGGAGCAGCAACGGCGCAGGGAGUUGGCCAAGGCGGCGAAGACGGGGACCGCCACGGAACCGGAGGAUGUCGAGGGUGCUGUGAGCGGCGCUGAAGGGGAAGACUUUGCCGAGUUUAACGACGACCACGACGAUGCGAUGGACGAGGAUGACGUCGAUGAUGAUUCGAACCCCAUGGCCGCGCUUCUAGCUAGCGCGAGAGCGGCAGCUGAGAAAUACGACCGCGAAUUACAGAGCGGCGACGACAUGGAUGAAGACGGGUCAUCUGUCGGUGGCGAUGGCGAUGGCGAGGAAGGCGGUGCUGAACUGCGCGCUCAGGCUUCGUCGCGGAAGGCCCACGACAAGGUCUUCAAGCAAGUGGUUGACCAGGCCGACGUCGUCCUCUACGUUCUGGAUGCGAGGAACCCUGAGGGCACGAGGUCGAGGGAGGUUGAGAGGAUGGUGAUGGCCGCGGCGAGCGGCGGUAAGCGCUUGAUCCUCGUGCUUAACAAGAUCGACUUGAUCCCCCCCCACGUGCUCAAGGGCUGGCUUGCCUACCUCCGAAGAUACUUUCCUACUCUCCCCUUACGUGCGUCUGGGCCCGCCCCCAACGCGCAGACUUUUAAUCACCGCGAUCUCACGGUUCAGAGCACAUCCGCCACCCUCUUCAAGUCUCUGAAAUCCUUCGCGGCUACGAAGCAACUCAAACGUGCAAUAUCCGUCGGCGUCAUCGGGUAUCCCAACGUCGGCAAGUCCUCCGUCAUCAAUGCGCUCCUCUCCCGGCUCGGUGGCCGAGGCGUGGCUUGCCCCGCGGGUGCCGAAGCAGGAGUUACAACAAGCAUACGCACCGUCAAGAUCGAUAGUAAGCUGACCCUGCUGGACUCACCCGGCAUCGUCUUUCCUUCGGCUCCCAACGCCGAGCUAUCGACGAAGAAGAACCCCGCCGAGGCUCACGCCCACCUCAUCCUCCUGAACGCUAUUCCGCCAAAGCAGAUCGAGGACCCGAUACCUGCAGUCACCCUACUCCUGAAGAGGCUGUCAGCCUCACCCGACCUGCUUCAGAAGCUGAUGGAUGUCUAUGACCUUCCGCCGCUUAUACCCUCCUUCAAAGGCGACUCUACGACAGAUUUUCUGGUCCAGGUAGCCCGCAAGCGCGGAAGGCUAGGGCGUGGAGGCGUGCCAAAUCUCACCUCGGCAGCCAUGGCAGUCGUCACAGAUUGGAGGGAUGGCCGGAUACAAGGAUGGAUCGACACACCGGUAUUCCCUGUCGCAACCGAAAUCAUCGCUAAGAUCGGCGAAGUGAGCCAGGGCAUCCCCGGCGUCCCCGCCGUCAUGCCAGACCAGAAGGAAAUCGUCACGGAAUGGGCCAAGGAAUUUAAGCUUGAAGGCUUGUGGGGCGACGGCGACGAUACACAGACAGACGUCGCCAUGGAGCAAUAGUACGGCUAUGCUACUGAUUUAUUUGGGGUUUCCCGAGGUGUGUUUGCCCGUGGAUGUCGGCACGAAAUUUCCGCGAGUUAGUUGAGGAGUUAUGGGUAGGGAAAAUCGCGGCUUUCGGGCAUGCCGCUUCGUCGUUUCCGAUAGGCAGGUUCUAUGAGCAUACCAGGUGUCUUUUACGAAGUCGAGCUGUGAAUGCGGAGAAGCUAAAUAGGGGUUCCAGCAUAUAUAUCUCUUCUAGUCGCCAAUUAGGAGCGUGAACACAACAUAGAGCCCUUUUAACGUCUGCUCCCGCAAAAA